AUGUUCAAGCUUCCACAACUAUCAAAAGUGAAACAAGCCAAGAAGUCAACAUCAAUUUUGAAUGGUUUACCAACUUUUGAUGUGGGGGAACUCAAUAUCCAUGAUGAAAUUGGCAGGGGUAGUUUCUCAACAGUAUCAGUAGCUAGCAACAAAACUAACAGCAAGUGUUCUGUUGUGAAACUAUUGCAUAAUAUGGAAGAUGAAGAAAAAGAUUUUUUUUUCAAAGAAGCUAGACUUCUGAAUGCCUGCAAACAUGAGAAUGUUGUAAACGUUCAUGGUAUUUGUAUGUCUCCUGCAGUUUUGCUCUUUGAUUAUGUGUAUUUUGAUUUUAAACCAUUUGAGAUGGAUAAAAAAGUAAGCACUCUCAAGGCAUUUUUGAAAGAAGUGGAUGAAAAUAUUUGGUUAGAGGCAUUUGCACGUAUUGUGCCAGUGGUUGCAAUUGAGGUGGCAAAAGGCCUUAGCUACCUCCAUGAAAAUGGGAUUGUCCAUAGAGACAUUAAACCUGAUAACAUUCUUGUUUCCAACCAGCACUACAACGAGAUUAAAGAUGAAGCAAUGUUGAGAAAUGUUGGAAGAACUCUCCAGUAA